AUGCGAGUUCUCUUCUUUCUCGCGCCGCUAUUAGGAUCUGCGACCGCUGAGAAUGGCCUGGCUGGGUGGCUGCGACACGCAUCGCUGUCAUGUUCUCACCAAUGCCAGUCGAAACUGCCAGCCAACAUCAUUGCCCUCAAUGCGACCGAGUCGAGCCCUGUCUACACUGCAGGCAUCGAGCUGCAGCAAGGCUUGAAAGGCAUCUACGGUUCCCAUGUCGAUAUCAGCCACGACAAGUGUCAAACGCCGUCAGCUGCCGUCAUCGUCGGCACUCUUGAGCAAUAUCGCAAGACAUGCGGGUCUUUGAAAGAUGUCCCCGAUCUCGAUGGAGACGGUUUCUGGAUCGACACGAAAGACACUGUGGUUCAUAUCCUCGGCUCAAACGAAAAGGGUGCGCUCUAUGGCGCCUUUGAAUAUUUGUCGAUGCUGGCACAAGGGAACUUUUCCGAAGUCGCCUAUGCCACAAACCCGGUGGCUCCAAUUCGAUGGGUGAACGAAUGGGAUAAUAUGGAUGGCAGUAUAGAAAGAGGAUAUGGUGGACCGUCAAUCUUCUUCAAGGACGGCGCCAUCGUUGAAGACCUCACUCGUGUCAAACAGUAUGCUCGACUUCUCGCCUCGAUUCGAGUUAACGCAGUGGUUGUCAACAAUGUAAAUGCCAAUGCCACGUUGUUGACAACUGAGAACCUCGAGGGACUCGGUCGAAUCGCAGACGUCUUCCGUCCAUAUGGUGUACAAGUUGGAGUUUCCUUGAACUAUGCAUCGCCCGAAACCUUUGGUGGUCUGGACACCUUCGAUCCCCUGGACGCAUCGGUCAUCAAAUGGUGGACCAACAUCACAGAUCAAAUCUAUGAGCAUGUGCCAGAUCUGGCUGGCUAUCUUGUCAAGGCGAACUCAGAAGGACAACCCGGUCCAUUGACAUACAAUCGGACUUUGGCCGAAGGAGCAAAUCUCUUCGCCAAUGCCCUACAACCGCAUGGGGGCAUUGUGAUGUUCCGCGCUUUCGUUUACGAUCAGCUCAACGAGACAAACUGGACAGCCGAUCGAGCCAAGGCUGCAGUUGAAUUCUUCAAAGAACUCGAUGGGAAGUUUGAUGAGAAUGUGGUUGUUCAGAUUAAAUAUGGCCCCAUCGAUUUCCAAGUGCGCGAGCCGGUAUCACCCUUGUUCGCCAACUUGUUCAAUACCAGCACUGCGAUUGAGCUGCAGGUCACGCAAGAGUAUCUCGGACAGCAAUCCCACCUAGUUUAUCUCCCGCCUCUCUGGAAAACAAUUCUGGAUUUUGAUCUUCGGAUUGACCACAAGGCCUCUCUUACGCGCGAUGUCUACUCUGGAAAGCACUUCAACAGGAAACUGGGAGGAUCUGCCGCCGUCGUCAACGUUGGCACGAACACUACUUGGCUUGGUAGCCAUCUGGCCAUGUCAAACCUGUAUGCCUACGGGCGUCUCGCCUGGGACCCUACCGACGAUCCCAAGGGUAUGCUACAGGACUGGAUUCGACUUACCUUCGGCUUUGACGAAAAGGUGCUCGACGCAAUCACGCAAAUGUCCAUGGAAUCCUGGCCGGCCUACGAGAACUACAGUGGCAAUCUAGGAAUACAAACCCUGACGGAUAUCCUGUAUACGCACUAUGGCCCUAACCCAGCUUCUCAGGACGAUAAUGGCUGGGGUCAAUGGACUCGGGCAGACCGUACUUCAAUCGGAAUGGAUCGGACGGUCUCUAAUGGUACAGGGUACUCUGGUCAAUACCCAGACGAGAUCGCAGCCAUGUACGAAGAUAUCGAUACUACUCCUGAUAAUCUUCUCUUGUGGUUCCACCAUGUCAACUAUACCCACCAACUGCACUCAGGUAAAACAGUCAUCCAGCAUUUCUAUGACGCCCACUACAGUGGCGCAGAGACAGCACAGUACCUUUUGGCUCAAUGGCAGUCUCUGAAGGGGAAAAUUGACGAAGAGCGAUACGAGCAUGUAGUCCGUCGUCUGGAGUACCAGGCUGGCCAUUCCAUCAUUUGGCGAGAUGCCAUCAACGAUUUCUACCACAAUCUCUCCGGAAUCCCCGAUCAAUUCAAGCGUGUUGGCCGUCACCCAUGGCGCAUAGAGGCAGAGAACAUGUCGCUGGACGGAUACAGGCCCUACACAGUCAGCCCCUUCGAGACGGCAUCAGGGUCUGUUGCUAUCGUAACAACCUCCAACGAGACUGUCGGCACAGCCACGACCAAUAUCAAGCUCCCGUCUGGAACCUAUGAUUUGGCGGUGAACUACUACGAUCUUUAUGGCGGAAAAUCUCAAUGGGGAGUCUACGUGAAUGACAAAAAGGUCGGUGAAUGGCAAGGCAACAAUGAGGAUGUCUUCAGUCACACACCCUCCAUUUAUUUGGAUGGUCACUCGGCUACGCGUCUCAAAUUCAGAGAUGUCAAGGUGAAGAAAGGUGACACUUUGAAAAUCAUCGGUAAGCCCGAUGGGGUUGAGCCAGCACCGUUAGACUAUGUUGCACUCCUGCCGCAAGGAAUCGUGGAUUGA